AUGGAUGUCCAGUGUUUCAUGCCUGCUGCAACUGCUUGCGACAAGGAAGCUGCCAGGGAGGGCACGGGGGCGUUGGCGACAGGAGGAAAACCAGGCUACUCCGGGAAGAGGGUAGAGGAGUUCAGACCACGUCGGAGUGAUGCUGCAGCUGACGCUGACAGGAUGGAGAUUCAGGGCACGCUUGAUGAACUGUCAAGUAUUGAUGGGGAGAGAGGCUUCGCCAAACGGGGAAAAGUCGAGUUUGAAAAGAAAGCAUUGAGCGUAUCUACGAUGUUCGUCGCCCGCGCCCCAGAUGCAGAAAAAGACAUUCGACAGGAGGACGGCAUACAGUUGGAGGCUGUGGAAACGAAGAGACAAGAGGGGAAGUUAACUCCAACCUGA